AUGCCAUGGAUGACAGGAACGGCGAUCAACCCGCUCCUACGAGCCGUCUACUUGGAGAUGAGGAAGGAGCAGCACUCAGUCACUCUCUGUCUCCCCUGGGUCUCUCUCGAGCAGCAGCCCUAUAUCUUCGGCAACUUGAGGUUCAAGAGCCCGUCCGAGCAGGCGGAAUGGAUCAGAGAUUGGGUCAAGAAGAACCUGGGAAGGCCAACUUCCAUCAAGCUUGUCUUCUACGAGGGCCACUACGUGCCCAUCUACGGCAGCAUCUUCGCCUUAGGAGACAUCACAGAGAUCAUACCUGAGAGCGAGCGAGACGUUGUUAUCCUGGAGGAGCCGGAGCACCUUACGUGGUACCACAUGGGCAACGACUGGACCAAGGUGUUCAACUUCGUGGUUGGGGUUGUACAUACCAACUACAUCAACUACGCUAUCAACGACCACCAGGUCCCUCCUCCGUUGAGGCUGGCAAGGGCCGCUGUGCUCGGGCUGGCCACAGCCAUGUGCACGCGCGCGUAUUGCCAUCGGAUCAUCAAACUGUCAGACGCCGUGCAGAAGUUCCCUCACUCCAUCACAUGCAACAUCCACGGGGUGAGGAGCAACUUCAUCGACAUCGGAGUGAGCAAGAUGAGCCCGUCCAUCUUCGGCUCGUCAAGAUUCUCCAAGGGAGCGUACUUUAUCGGCAAGAUGCUCUGGUCCAAAGGGUACCGCCAGCUGUUCGUGAACCUCAAGGAGUACAGGAGGAAGACCGGGGAGAACCUGCACGUUGACAUCUUCGGCAGCGGGCCGGACGAGGAGCUGAUCAAGAAGGAAGUGAAGCAGGAGGGGCUCGACUGGACUUUCCAUGGCGCUUGCGAUCAUGCCAACAGUCGCAUCCAUGACUUCAAGGUCAUGAUCAACCCAAGCCUGAGCGACGUCGUCUGCACGACCACGGCCGAGGCGCUUGCGAUGGGGAAGUUUGUGGUGUGUGCCGACCAUCCUUCCAACGAAUUCUUCAAGACUUUCCGCAACUGCUUUGUUUACAGCACCGCCAAGGAAUUCAAGCUCUGCAUUCAGCACGCCAUGGCAGCGGACCCAGCCCCGCUCACCGAGAACGACAGAUAUCGGCUAUCAUGGGAGGCAGCAACAGAGCGUCUCUACGACGCAGCCUACACAGGGAGCAGGAGGAGCAGGAAGCUCAAGUUCGACCGGAUCCUUGCGAGGACCCACAAGAAGAUGGCGUCAUGGGACAUCAUGCGCAACUGGCUGCCUGCCUCUUCCUCCGAGCCAGGAAAGCCCCUUGGGCAGAAGUGGGAGUUUGGUAGGACAGGCAACGUCAAGGGCAGGAUUCUUCUCGGCAGCUCGUUCCUCGCUGUUGCCCUCCUCUCUUUCUUCAAUAAGGAGAGUUGA